GUAUACUUUCUCUUAAAUUGGCGUUUGCCGUUAUACAUUUAUCUUACUUACCAGAUGAGCACCUUAAAUUUGAAUAUUUUAAUAAUUGGAAAUGGGGCUAGGGAACAGGCAAUAACUUGGAAAAUAUCUCAAAGCCCUUUAAUAAAUCAUAUUUUUAUAUAUUCAGGAAAUUCUGGUACACAUCUACUUUCAAAUGCAUCUAAUAUAAAUGAAAUAUUUGUAUCUUAUGAUGAUUUAGCAACUUUUUGUAUUAAUAAUAAUAUAAGUUACAUUAUAAUCGGGCCUGAAAAACCUUUAGCCGAUGGGUUUGUUGACUUAUUACAAACAAAGUAUAAUAUUAAGUGCUUUGGACCAUGUAAAGUGGCUGCACGUCUAGAAUUUGAGAAAUCAUUUGCCAAAGAGUUCAUGAUAAAAUAUAAAAUACCAACUGCAGAUUUUAAGGUGUUUGUUGAUGAUAAUACUGCCAUUGAUUAUAUUAAAUCUUUACAGGAGAAUUGCCCACUUGUGAUUAAGGCUGAUGGAUUAGCUGGAGGUAAGGGCGUUAUUAUUACUGAAAACAAGGAUGAUGCAAUUCAAUCAAUUUCACAAAUUUUGAUAGAGAAGAAAUUUGGAUCAGCUGGUGAUAAAAUCGUGAUUGAAGAAAGACUUACUGGGCCAGAGAUAUCAUCUUUGGCAUUCGUAGACGGAAACACAUAUGCUAUGAUGCCCCCUAGUCAAGAUCACAAAAGAGCCUACGAUAACGAUCUCGGUCCAAACACGGGAGGAAUGGGGGCCUACGCCCCUUGCCCUUUGGGUACACCUUCUAUCAUGCGAUACAUCAAAGCAAACGUUUUCGAUAAAUUUAUGAUCGGGCUCAAAGCCGAAAAUAUUCAUUACGUUGGUGUAAUAUACGCUGGAAUCAUGUUGACACCUCAAGGGCCCAAAGUUCUCGAAUUCAACUGCAGGUUCGGUGAUCCAGAAACCCAAGUUCUUUUACCGCUACUAAAAGACGACUUACUCGAUAUAAUGAUACAUUGCAGUGAAGGCAAACUGGAGCAAAUAUUACCUAUCACAUGGGCCCAAGAUCGGUUUUCCUUGGGCAUUGUAGUGGCUGCUAAAGGUUACCCAGAUAAAUGUCAAGACCUAAUAGUUACUAAAAUUCCAAAAACAUUACCACUUUCCGUUCAAACACCGAAUUAUUUCAAAAACGGUGACAAAAAUCGUAAAUUACACCAAUUGAUAUUUAACGCUGGAACUUGUUACGUUGAUCCAUCGGAUCUCGAUACGACACAUACAAAUGGAGCUGGCAGGCUGUUCACCGUCGUUGGAGUAGCAAAUUCUUUGUCAUUGGCUUCGAUCUUGGCCUAUUCCUUGUGCGAUAAAUUUAAGAUUGGCGAUAAUGGGAGCGAGUAUUUUUACAGAAGAGAUAUAGGUGCUAGCGGACUCAAAAUCGAGAAACAAAACUCGAUGAAAGGAGAGGCCGAACAUUUAAACGUUGAUUCCUAUGCCCUGAGCGGGGUGAACAUAGACAAAACGGACAAAUUUUUAGGGCUCAUAGCGCCGGCCAUGAAAACCAAUUAUAGGGAGGAAGUCAUCGGCGGCAUAGGCGGAUUCUCCGCUUUAUUUGAUCUCAAGCCUUUGUUGGAAAAAUACAAGGACCCCGUGCUCGUUUCCAGUACGGAUGGAGUGGGCUCGAAAUUGAAAAUAGCUAUAGAAUCCGGUUCGGGUUACAAGAAUUUGGGUAUAGACCUAGUCGCUAUGACGGUGAACGAUAUUUUAACCAGCGGAGCUGAAUGCCUUUUCUUUCUCGACUACAUAUCAACGGCAUGUUUGGACAUCGUCAAAAGUGGUCAAUUGAUAGAAGGAAUAAUGGAGGGAUGCAAAAGCGCUGGCUGUUGUUUGAUAGGAGGCGAAACGGCCGAGAUGCCUAGUUUGUACCAUGGACUAGAUUUUGACAUAGCUGGUUUUGGUGUUGGUAUAGUGGACAGGAAUUUACUUUUGCCCGCAAAAUCGGCCAUUUCAAGCGGUCAACUCGUAGUUGGCUUAGCUUCCUCCGGAUUUCAUAGCAAUGGGUUCAGUCUGGUCAGAAGAGUUUUCGUGGACGAAUGUGGAAUGGAUUAUGGUGACCCCUGCCCUUGGGACACCGAAAUUAGUUUGGGUGAAUAUCUGUUGACUCCCACCAUAAUAUACAAUCCUUUUGUAUCACCUUUAAUCAAUGAUGCUAACUCGCUUCUCAUCAAAAUAAACGCCUUUGCACAUAUCACAGGAGGAGGUCUGAUAGACAAUAUCCCUAGAAUAUUACCCAAAAAUUUAACUUGUACUUUGGACGCUAGUAAAUGGCGUAUUCCUCAUUGCUUCUCCUGGAUAUAUAAAUUAGGAAGCUUGAAUCUGUUCGACGUGAGCAGAGUCUUUAAUCUUGGACUAGGGGGAAUUUUGGUCGUUAAUUCGUCCGACGCAACGCUAGUUCAAGAACACGUAGUGAGCCUUUUGAAUGCCAUGGGAAUUGGAGCCUGGAUAGUUGGUAAAGUUGUUGAAGGGGAUACGGUGCAAAUACAUAACCUGGAGAAAUCGUUGAACGAAACGUUUUCGGUCGAUUCGUCAAACGUGUCGUCCUCACCCAUGAAGGGAGGCGAAAUUCGUAUCGACGAUAAUUUUGCUUGUAUGGGAUCAAUUGGGGAUUCUAUCUCAAAUCAGCGGGUAAUGUCUCAUCGCAGAAAACGGAUUGCUGUCCUGAUAUCUGGAACAGGUACCAAUAUGAAAGCAUUGAUAGAAUAUUCCCUCCAAACGAAGGAUUGUUCUUAUAAUGUCUAUUUAGUUAUUUCCAAUAAAGCCGAUGCUCCUGGGUUAACUCUAGCUCAAAAUUUCAACAUUCCUACCAAAGUCAUAAAACAUGAGGAAUAUUCGAAUAGAGAAUCUUUCGACGAAGCCGUCCACAGGGAAUUGACCGUUAAUAAUAUCGAUAUUGUGUGCCUCGCCGGUUUUAUGAGAAUAUUGACAAGCGACUUUAUAACUAAAUGGAAUCGUAAAAUCAUCAAUGUCCACCCCUCCUUAUUGCCUUCGUUUAGAGGAAUGAGAGCUCCUUUGCAAGCCCUAAAGGCCGGGUGCAAAAUAACGGGUUCCACGGUUCAUUAUGUCGAGCCUGAUGUAGAUUCCGGUUCUAUCAUAGCGCAAACACCCGUUCCGAUACUGCCUAAUGACACGGAACACUCCCUAACCGAACGUAUAAAAAUCGCUGAGCACGCAAUGUACCCCAAAGUUCUGGAUGAACUCGCGAAAAACUCAACCGAACCUACGGAACUUAAUUUUCCUUAUUAUCAUGUGUAGAUUGGAUUUUAAUAAAAUGUGAUUCGUAUUAUUUUUUCCCCCCAGAAUCAUUAUUAAGAUUAUCAAAUGGCGGUCAUUUCUAAAUGUUAUAUAAUGUUUAAUUAAAACUAAUAAUUUUUUUAGAGGAUGCAUAUGAUUUAUGUUUGUUAAAAAAUUAAUCAAUCAAUUAGGUUUUAUUCGUUUCGUCAUAAGAUUUUAUGGUUUACCUUUACAUUCCGCUUCCUCAAGAGCUGGGGAUAAGAGCUAUUUGCCUCCAAUUUUUUAUUAAUGGACGUUAAGGGAGGGCUGGAUAGGCUUUCGAGGAGGGUAAUGUAAGGCAAAAAUAAUCUAACAUUUGUAUUAGUAAUAUGCAUCAGGCCUAAUUUUUCAAGCCUGGUCCGACCCGAAAUUUGUUUCCUGAACCAAAUUUUUUUUAUUUGUCCCGAAAAGCCCCACCCUAAAUAAAAAUUAUCUGUUCGCCCGGCUCAGCCCGAAUUUAUUAAAAUUAUAGAAAAUUUUUAAUUUUUUUUAUGAUUGUAAAAAUAAAUAUUCUACAAAACAAUAAAUAUUAGCUCCUCAUUUCUUGCAAGAAUUUUAAAAAGCAUAAAUUUCUUUGAUAAAAUGUAACGAUAUCAUAUUUAAAAUUUUAAACCAGUACCGGGCACGACCCGAAAUUUUUUAAAAAAUAUAAGACCCGACCAAGCCUGAACCGAAUUUAUCUUUAAAAAAUAUGGGCCGGGACAUGAUUUGCAGAUCUCUAAUUUGUACAUAUUAAGAACACAAAAUAAUUGAGAAAACGAAUUUAUUUAAUAAAUAAUUCUUUCGA